AAAAAAAAGCAACCUAAGGAAUUUUUUAGGAGCUUCCCCCAAGUUUUUUGAAAGCACUUUCUUGGAGAAGUUCACCUGUAAACACCGUACUCAUUCAUAUACUAACCAUUUUUUCCAAGGUUUCAAACACAGUCCGUCAAUUGACUUUUUUUUGAGCUUUAUUUUGGCAGGAAAUAAAAUAUCACUAAUAAUCGAACUUUUCGUACACUUAUGUUUCGUUCCUUUCUGAAAGUUAAAACAGUGUUCCAUCGAUUCUAAUCUGAUUAUCAGCGUUUUUCAUGCUUAGUCAAUUUCCACAUUUUGCAAAAAGAUCCCAAUUUGUUAGGCGCAUAAUGACACCCAAACCUUCACAAUCCUAUCUCGAAAGGCUCCAUGAUAAAGGUAUUGAAACCGACAAUAGGAAAUUACUCGUUUUAGAUCUGAACGGGACGCUUCUAUGUAGACCUCUGAAAGACCGUUCACAUACGUCCGUGACGAAUGCUUCUUCUAAUGCAAUCCCCCGUCCGGGUGUCAAAAAUUUUCUGAAAUAUGCAUUCUCAAACUACUCUGUUAUGGUCUAUAGUUCUUCAAGGCGUAAUAACGUUAAUGCGAUGCUAGAAUGUAUCAUGACUCCUGACCAGAUCAAGUCUCUUACAGCCUGUUGGACUCGCGAAAAUAUGGGGUUAAGUACAGCGCAUUAUAAUGCCAAAGUGCAGACAUUCAAAAACUUAGAUAUAAUUUGGGGAAUGCUAAAAAAAGACCGAAACCAAGACCUUGUCGAUUGGUCUCAGUAUAAUACAGUCAUCAUCGACGACUCAGAUAUAAAGUGUGCUGCUCAUCCAUUCAAUCAUAUCCACGUUUCAGACUUUUCCCAUACAAGGCUUAAUUAUCAAAAUGAUUUUACGUUAGUUUGUGCUCUUCGCUACUUGAAACAUUUGAAAAACAUUCCAAAUGUUAGCAACUACAUAUCUCAACACCCUUUCCGUUUGGAUUCCAGUCUUUCGCAAGAUGAGAACUUACAACGCUUAGAUCAAGCUAUGGAAGAUUACAAGCAGAGCCCCAAUUUCGUCGUAAACACAGGACAGGAAUGAUUACAUACAUGCUACGAAUCGUCAUCGAAACAGUGUUUAUAUAUACCUUUUUCUUGCUUUUCAAAAUUUGUUAUAUUUAUUAAGAUAACAUCUACAGUAAUCGAAGAUUGAUGCAUAUAUCUUACCAAAUUAGAUCAUACAAGAAUGUACUUUUAAGCAUAACAUCAUUUCUUAGGCCCUUAAGGGACGUUCGUUCAUUUUCGUAGGACGACGGAUCUUCUUACGCUUUCCUUCUUCAAACAAUGAAACCUGUUUCAAAUCUCUUCCGAAAGUAUCAGGUUUCUUUACCUUAUACAAACGAACAAGAUGAUGCAUAGAAGUAAAAGCUUCUUCAAUAGUAAAGAGUUGUGGAUCCUUGGAUGGUAACCUUUGACCUCUGCUGCGAUCAUAUCCUUGGCCUGGAGGGAACAGCUUAUAAGCUCCAUGGUAAGACAUCUUGUACAUCAAAGAUUCACGCAUAGUAGGACUAGCGUCAUCAUCAGUACGAUAUUCUCCACUGCGAGUAAAGAAGUUACGUUCGAUGAUAUCUUCAGGCCACAAGCCCUGAGAAAUACGAAUCAUCCAUAAGAAUUUAUUCAUAUCGUCACUGCUGAAACCAAGGGUGCCGCCAUAAAUAAUCAAAAUAUAGUCAACAUCAUGUUUACGGAGAAUAGGAUAAGCAGCUUCCUCAUUCGAGGACAUAGCCUUACCAACAGUAGCAAUAUGAGUGUUAUUCCAAGUGUUAUUGUCGACGAGAGUAGGACGAUCAGCCAUACCAGCAAUUUGGUAACCAUAAUCCCACCAGCUCAUAACCUUAGCAUCAUUGGGAGUAUUACGAC